AUUUUGCGGGUAGCCACGUUGCCAUCCCAAUUUCAAGAGCAACAGCCGUCACCACUUACCACAGGACUGCUCUGGUUGUCCCUAGCCAGUGGGGGGAUGGCUGUAUCUUCGGCGUUGGCACCACUGUUUCCGCCGUCACCACCACCAACAAAACCACCAACACUUCCCUCAUCAUUCGCACCACUCACCUGCCGCUGCUCUGCAUUAACUCAACAACACCCAUCAUCUUCUCAACCCACUCCCUACAACUAUCGUCCCGCCAUUAUUCUUCCAGGUUUAGGGAACAAUACAGGUGAUUAUCAGAAGUUAGAAUAUAGCUUAAGAGAGUAUGGUGUGCCAACAGUGGUUGCAAAAGUUUCAAGAUUUGAUUGGCUGAGGAAUGCUGCUGGUUUGGUAGACCCCAAUUACUGGCGUGGCACUCUCCGUCCUCGCCCGGUUCUUGAUUGGUAUUUGAAAAGGAUUGAUGAGGCUGUUUUUGAGGCCAAAGAACUUGCUCAAGGUGGGACUUUUUCAUUAAUUGGACACUCAGCUGGAGGAUGGCUUGCACGUGUAUACAUGGAAGAAUUUGGGUUUUCCCAUAUUUCUUUGUUACUGACUUUAGGAACCCCUCACCUGCCACCUCCGAAAGGUUCGCCUGGAGUCAUUGAUCAAACAAGGGGCCUCUUGUAUUAUGUGGAGAACAACUGCGCAAAAGCUGUUUAUACUCCAGAAUUGAGAUAUGUAUGUAUUGCAGGGAGGUACAUACGAGGGGAUCGCUUCUUGGGAAAUUCAAAUGAAAAUUCUAGUUCUGCAGUUUUAACUGAUGGUAACCAACUAAUCCCUGAGGUUGCUAUUGUAAAUGAUAUGAACUCAACUACAUCAACUGCCACCAACUUCCGUGCUCGUUUUGUCGGUCAGGGCUACAAGCAGGUUUGUGGGCAGGCAGACGUAUGGGGUGAUGGAGUUGUGCCAGAAGUAUCCGCCCACCUGGACGGUGCACUGAACAUAAGUUUGGACGGAGUAUACCAUUCACCGGUUGGUUCAGAUGAUGCAUUAAGACCAUGGUAUGGCUCACCCGCUGUUGUAGAGCAAUGGAUACACCACCUCCUCAACUAAGAAGUACAUAUAAGGUA